AUGGCUGACGCCCCCGCCGUCCCCGCCCCCAAGGCCCCCAAGGCCGCCAAGGUCGCCAAGCCAAAGGCGCCCAAGGCCCCCGCAUCUCAUCCCCCCUAUGUGGAGAUGAUCAAGGAUGCGAUCGCUUCCUUGAAGGAAAGGACAGGAUCCAGCUCCAUCGCAAUCGGCAAGUACAUUGACAGCAAGUAUGCCGGCAAGCUGGGCCCCAACUUCAAAAAGAACCUCGCCACCCAGCUGAAGAACCUGGCAGCAUCCGGGAAGCUGGUCAAGGUCAAGAGCAGCUUCAAGCUCGGGGAGGAGCUCAAGAAGGCCCCCAAGAAGAAGGCUGUCAGGAAGCCUGCUGCCAAGAAGCCUGCUGUCAAGAAGGCUGCUCCCAAGAAGGCUGCCACCCCGAAGAAGGCCAAGGCGACCCCCAAGAAGGCCGCCACGCCCAAGCCCCCGGCUGCCAAGAAGGCCAAGGCUACCCCCAAGAAGGCUGCCGCCAAACCCAAGACCGCUGCCAAGCCCAAGACUCCCAAGCCAAAGACUGCCAAGGCAACCAAGCCUAAGGCUGCCCCCAAGCCCAAGACUGCAAAGCCCAAGGCAGCCCCGAAGGCCAAGGCGGCUCCCAAGCCCAAGGCGUAA